CAUAUACGCAUGUAAGAAUAACAUGAUUCUGAAAAAUGUCUAAGUUAGGGUUUUUGUUACUGUAGGGGUUUUAAUGUUGGUCUUUGUAGAUGGCAAAACAAAUAGUAUCAGCGUGAAGACCUGCGGAGAUGUGUGUGUUAAUGGGAGCAUGAGUUCUGGACAAAGCAAAGUGACCCUUAACUCCCACUGCUGUAAUACACAGUUCUGCAACAGUCACAAUGCACCAGACUUGCCAAAACAGUCUCCGAACGGGAAGCAAUGUUUCACCUGCAAUGGCACUGACUGCUCAAAACCGUUGGCUUGUGAGGGUGAUGAGACUCAAUGCUUUAUCACUACAGUUGACAUCAGUGGCAAGAAGGAGACGACAAAAGGAUGUUCAAGCAAGUUGUUCUGUGGGCUCAACGCAACACAAUCUCUGGGAUUACCCGUUCAGGGCUUUGGCUUUGGCGUUUACAUGAAAUGCUGUGAGGGAAACCUGUGUAAUGCUGCUUGUGACUUGAGAGUUCAUUUUGUGAUGCUGGUACCUCUUCUCUCUCUGUUUGUGUUCUGAUACACGCUUUCAACAACCAACAAUUUCGUUUGCAAAACAUUUGUAAUCUAAUGCAAUGACUUAAAUACAUUUUAAUGUUUGGAAGUUGGCUGUCUGAAUAAGGUGAAUCGCAAGGUUUUUUUUUCUAUUCUGUUAAUAGAGGAGAUGGAGACCUGGUGGUGGAGGAAAUUGUAUAAUGUGCUUGUUUUUCAUGUGAGCAUCUUUAUGUUUUACUUUUGGAAAUAGUUUAAUAGCAUGUAAAAAAUAAAGAAAGUUGCAGCUGC